AUGGAAGACACGGACAGCAGCUCGGAGGUGUCUGUGGGCUCCUCGCCGUCAAACGCCCGCAGCAGCAGCAGCAGCAGCAGCAGCAGCAGGCGGAACAGCAGCCACAGCAACAGCAGCAGCAACAGCAACAGCAACAACAGCAGCAGCAGCAGCAAACGCACCUUGGGGAUGGUCUUGACGGGCACGCUGGAAGCAGCAGCAGCAGCCCUCGAAAGGGAACCAGCAGCAGCAGCAGCAGCAGCAGCAGCAGCAGCAGCAGCAGCAGCAGCAGCAGCAGAUAAAGUCCCCCAAUAUGAAACCCCAGGGGAUUUGUCCAAUUUGACGGAGCAGCAAAUUGCCAUGCUGACAAAUUUGUCCCAAAGACAAACCCUUGAAGAGGCGGGCGAGCGGCUGCUGCAGCAAAUGGACUUCGAGCAGCAGUCUUGCUUCUUCCGCGCGGUUUUCGAAAUCGGAAGAAGAUACAAAACCCUAAACCCUGAGCGCAUGCAUUCGACUUACGGGAAAUUAAUUUAUUUGUUGAUGGACAUGCAUACGGUUUACUCGCUUCUUGCUUCAAAGAAGAACGGCCUCGCUCUUCUGAAGGACCCCCUUGUGAAGGUUGCCACUCGAGAAAUAAUGGCUGAGGGAAAAAGCCGCGCCCAAGUUGAUCAAGAAAUAAAAGAAAAAGAAGCAGCAAGAAAAACCCUCAUUGCAAAAUACGCAGCAAAUCAAAACCACAAAAAUAAAGCCCUCUUCGGACUCCGGUUCAACCUCUUCGGCCGCAGCAGCAGCAGCAGCAGCAACAGCAGCAGCAGCAGCAGCAGCAGCAGCAGCAGCGAAGCAGCAGCAGCAGAAGAGUUGCUGAGUCCAGAAGACAUUGAAAUUUCUCUCUUUUCUUUAUCCGACAGAAAUUGUUUUUUGAGAUAUAACAGAGACCCUUGCAUGCGCAUGAUUGGCCGGCAGUAUUUGUUUGUGCUGCAGUCUUUGACUCUUUGGCAAGAAAUUCUAAAAGAUUUAUUUUUGCUUUGGAGCCUUGCAGAAGCAGAUUUGCUGCAGGAGACAAAUUACUACAGACUGAGGGACACGGGGCAGGGGCUGAACAGGGUGCAAGAAGCCCCGCGUGUUGCGCGGGCCAUUCGAAUUAUUGUUGAAAGAGUUCAAAGACAAACCACCAAUUGGAUUGGAUCUUCUGUCAUUCAUUUGGGAGACAGCAACGUCCCCAACGCCCUCAUGUUCAUCGACAAGUACACGCAGGUCCCCCGCAUUUUGGGGCCCCUUGUGCUUUGCCUGGAUCGGCUGCCAGAGUUAAAUGCGCAGCCGUCAGUGCGGCUUUAUUUCGAAAAUGAAUUUGGAGGUUUAGACAGACUCAGGAAGUUGAUUUUGUGCGAUUUCUUUCGCCACGCAUUUGAUGGCUCGGGAACUGGGGUUGAGGCUUCAGGCCCUCGCAGGGCUUAG